AUGUAUCCAUCACAACCUCCACCUCCACGUCAGCCUACAAAGGCCUUCAUACAACCUCCACCUCCAAUGUCCAAACCACAACCAACUAGUACCUUCACUCCAUCUCUAGCACCUAGAGUAUGUCCUCCAACUCAAACAACAGUCCCUCCCGCCAGACCUACUCCACCUCCCGCUCAAAUGCAACCACCAGUUCAAGCCACAGCACCUCCUGCUCCAGUCGCCUCGACAAUCCCAACCCAAAAGGCCCGACCUGCGUCCAGCGCAUCUAUACAUCCUCACCAGAUAAGAAUUGUACAACCAGACUAUGGCAUGUCUGGAGGCAACAAAUGGAAGUGUAGACUGUGCAAACGAGUGGGAUACGGAGUCAGUGAGAGAUACCAUUGCGUGGAAUGUCCCGAGUUUGACAUCUGUAGAUUCUGCUCAACUGGCUUUGAGCUGGAGGGCGGUGAGCUGCUCAAGAUCGCCGAGCAGACACAAAGACUGACGGUGCCCGAGAGCCAGCAUCGCCAUCCACUCAUCCAGUUCAACAUCACCUUCCUCUACGGCGCCAAGACCAGAGUGUUGUGCAGCAUCUGUGGAGUGGACAUUCGCGGCAUGACCAAUCACUGCUCCGAAUGCACCAACUUUGAUGUCUGUGUAAAGUGCUUCCAGACCAAGCGUGCCGCACCCGCCCCGGCACCUGCACAAGCUAUGGUCCAACAAAACUAUGCACCUGUCAAUCAGAUUGAUUAUGCCUCGCUUCCUGCACUGGUCUACAUUGGCGUACCCAACUACCUUCGCAAUAUUAUCCAAGUACCAUUCAAGAAGGGUGUACCAAUGAGCAUGCGUAAAUGCAACUGGUGUGAUCAAAUGAUCUUCAGCUCCUACUACGAGUACGUAGGCAAGGAGAACAUCUCAAUGUUCCAACGAACCAUCUGUUUUGACUGCUUUAUCCAAGUAUAUUGUUAUUAA